CCAAUGAAACAAGCAACACCACCACGAUUGCCACAGCAUCACCAAGUCUAACAACGCCCCAAAACACUUGCAUAAAAUCUUUCUUCUUGUACUUCCUUCAACCAUGCCAAAAUCCAAACCCUAGGAAAAUCCUCUCUCUCUUUCCUUUUCUUUUUCUUUUUCUUUUUUCUUUUUUUCAACUCUCACAAAAUUUUCCUAAUUUUCUUGCACUUUCUCUCUAAUUUUCUCUCAUUUUCUUCUCCAAUUUCCCUCCUGAAACUCUUCCGGAGCGAUUGGAUCUGAGUGCUUUUUUUCAAAACUCCUCCUAGUUUCCAUCAAUCCGGAAGAGAGGUUUCUCGAAUUGUUAUUCUGUUAUCUCUUAGGUUUUUUCUUUUUUUGGAUCUGAAAAAGAUAGGGUUUGUUUUACCGUUAGUUCGUUGAAGUUCGAAUUUUUAAUUUUUUUCCCUGUUGGUUUUUUUUUUUUUUUUUUCCCGUUUGGGUUGGAAAUAAAUUGAUGAUUUUUGGUUUGGUUUUUUUUUUCUCUUCUGUGUUAAAUUUGGAAGAGUUUCUUUGGUGAGGCAAUCAGAGAGAAAUCUGAGCUGCCAAUGCCAUUGGUUUGUUUUCUGGUGAAUUUUUCGGUGGUUUUUGAGAUACCGAAAAAGUUUGAGCUCAUCAGCAUCAAUGUCUUGGGCAGGUCCGGAAGAUAUCUACCUUUCUACUUCUCUCGCCAGCUAUCUUGACAAAAAACUUCUUGUGCUACUUCGAGAUGGUAGAAAACUUUUGGGGACCCUUCGUUCUUUUGAUCAAUUUGCCAAUGCUGUUCUUGAGGGUGCAUGUGAGAGAGUCAUUGUUGGUGAUCUUUACUGUGACAUCCCUUUAGGUCUUUAUGUAAUCCGGGGGGAGAAUGUUGUUUUAAUUGGUGAGCUGGACUUGGAAAGGGAGGAACUUCCCCCUCAUAUGACUCGUGUUUCAGCAGCAGAAAUCAAAAGGGCACAGAAGGCAGAAAGAGAGGCUACCGAUCUUAAAGGGUCCAUGAGAAAAAGAAUGGAGUUCCUUGAUUUGGACUAAUGAAUUUACUAUGUUCCUGGAGUAGUUCAACAUGGUUUGUCCGCAAAUAUUAUAGCGGCUGUUUUUCUUCCCCCUUUUUUUUUUUUUUUUUUUUUGGGUUAGAUGUUAGAAUUUAAAUCUUUGUUGAAAAAAAAAAAUUUAAUUAGAAUUUUAAUUGUGAACCAUUCUUCAAAUUUCUUUGUGUAAUAUUUGUGUGAAUGAAUACAAGUAUUCCUUUGCUUUGGAGAA